CCGUUCACUCUUCGUUUGGCGGUGAGUUGUAUUGACAACGUUUUUCUCUGCGAAGAGUUGUAAGCAGUGAGAGAGGUUCAGUGAAGUGCUGCGAUGGCGGAGAAGCCUCAACCUUUCCAGGUCUUGUACUGCGGAGUAUGCGGGUUACCCGCCGAGUAUUGUGAGUUCGGACCGGACUUCGAGAAAUGCAAACCCUGGUUGAUCCAGAACGCGCCCGAUCUCUACCCGGAUCUCCUUAAAGGAGCCGAUGGAAAAGAAGCAGAUAAAGUAUCUGAUCAGCUCCAAUCAACUUCAAUCUCCGAUGCUGGAGCAGGUUCUUCAGCUCCUAAGCAGGAAGAAGUGAAACGGCUUCCAGGUGGAAAAAUAAAAAAGAAAGAGAAGAAGGAAAUUGUGAUUGAAAAGAUGACUCGCAACAAGCGAAAAUGCAUCACUACCAUAAAGGGGCUGGAUUUAUUUGGCAUCAAACUAAGUGAUGCUUCAAAGAAGCUUGGUAAAAAGUUUGCAACUGGAGCCUCUGUUGUUAAGGGCCCAACUGAAAAGGAACAGAUUGAUGUUCAAGGAGAUAUAGCCUAUGACAUUGUGGAUUUUCUUACAGAGACCUGGCCAGAUGUUCCCGAGUCUGCAAUUUUCUUUGUUGAAGAUGGGAAAAAGGUCCCAGCUGUAUAAAAUUUUGAAGAUGCUGUACCCUUGUUAAUGGAAGCCAUUUCAUGCAAAAACCUUCCAUUGUACUACUGCGGACGUAUGCAAGAUGGUCUAUUUAAAAACGUAGCGACCCCAUCAAGUAUAAGUUGAUCCCCGCAUUUUCCCAAUGAAAGAUUUUGACUUGAUGGUCCUGUUUAAAGGUAUAGAUAAAACAUCUGAACAAUGUAACCCCCUUUUGCUAUUUAAGUUUCCCCAUCUUUUAAACUUUCCCUAGUUUUAAUCAAGGAGGCAAUUCUCAUAUUUCCGCCUCCUGUAUGAAGUAACUCUGCUUGCACUAAAACUUGGAUUGACAGACAAUACCAACAUUUACCCUCAAUGCUUAUGCUAUUUUCCCUUCUUAAACACUCUCACAUGCCAUCUGAUGAUAAAACUGAGAGACAUCAGACAUGUAUAAUGUAUUGUAUUUUUGUGGCAUUACUCUGUAAAUUAUUGAAGUUUGAGCCUUGAAAGUAGUGGUGAAUUUGGUGGAAA